UUCAUCGGCCAGGCGGGAGUGGUGCACCGCAUCACGGACCGCGGCGACAUUCGCGUGCAGUACAGCAACGGCACGCGCUGGACUAUCAACCCGGCGGCGCUGGUGCGCGUCAGCCCGCUGGCCGUGGGCGACACGGUGCGCGUGCUGGAGGACGCGGCGCGCGUCCGACUCUUGCAGAAGGGCCACGGCGAGUGGAGUGACAUGAUGAAGGCCUGUCUCGGCAAGACGGGCCAGAUCACCAAGAUCUACGCGGACGGCGACCUGCGCGUCAGCGUGGACGGCCAGACGUGGACCAUCAACCCGAUGUGCGUGAGCCCGCUGUGUCCGGGCCCGCCGACCGCCGACCCCAACUCGAUGCGCAGCCGCGACAGGGACGACCAGCCCGGCGCCCUGGUAUCGUUCAUCAGCAGCUUCCUGGAGCAGCACAAGGAGACGUCGCUGGCCGACCGGCUGGUGCGGGACGCCGCCCAGGGCCGCACCGAGGCCGUGCGGCAGUGGCUGGAGAAGCAGCGCGACAAGGUGGACUGCAAGAGCAGCGGCCGCACUGCGCUGCAGCUGGCCUGCCACCAGGGCCACAUGGAGACGGUGCGGCUGCUGCUACACCGCCAGGCCAGCGUGGCCGCCACCGACGACGACGGCGACACACCGCUGCACUACUCCGCCUUCGGGAACCAGCCGGAGAUCAUGGAGCUGCUCAUCCGAAAGAGCUGCGAUGUCAACGCCACCAACCGGGGCCAGUGUUCGGCUCUGCACGUGUCGGUCAACAAACAGCAUGUGGGCUGCGUGCGCGUGCUGGUUAAGGCAGGAUGCGACCCCAACCUACAGGACAUGUACGGCGACACUGCCCUCCACGACGCCAUCGGAAAAGACAACCUGGAGAUCAUCGAGCUGCUCGGUAACGUGCCGGCGCUGGACUUCAAGAUCAAGAACAAGCGAGGCUUCAAUGUGCUGCAUCACGCCGCCCUGAAGGGCAAUAACUUCGCCGUGGAGAAGCUGCUGGCGCGCUCCCGCAACGCGGCCGACAUGCGGAAGGAGGACGGCUUCACGGCCCUGCACUUGGCCUGCCUGAACGGCCACGCGGCCGUGGUCGAGACGCUGGUCACGCAGAGCGGGUGCUGCCUGGACGCCGUCAACAACCGACGCCAGACGCCGCUGCUGCUGGCCGUCUCCCAGCUGCACCUGGGCAUCGUGGAGUACCUGAUAAGCCGUGGAGCGUCCGUGCUGCUGGCCGACGAGGACGGGGACACGCCGCUGCACCUGGCCGGCCUCAAGCUGGCCGCGGCCGUCGAGGUUCGGCCCGGCGAGGCGCCGCUCAUUCACGGCAUCAAGGCGCACCUCGCCACGCAGGGUUCUGAGGUCAGCCUCGUCCAGGCGAUGGCCUGCUACCUGGCGCUGGAAGGCGCGCCGCUCGAGUGCACCAACAAGAAGGGUAGGACGCCGCUGGAGACGAUCCUCCGUGGCGGCGACAGGAAGUUCGCCGAAAUCGUGCAGUGGUACUCAGCGCAGCGCAGUGUGAGCCUCAAACUGGAGCUACCGUCGCUGUCUGACCUGACCCGGGAGCCGGCUGCCGCGGCAGCCACCGCCACCGCCACCAGCCCGUCGCAGUCGCCGGAAGAGCAGGGCGCCGCCGCGGUCGCCUCGCUCGCCGAAAAGACAGCCAAACUCAAGCUGGAUAGUGAUGAGGAGUCGUGCAUGGUGUGCUGCGAGCUGCCUGCCUGCGUCGAGUUCGAGCCGUGCGGACACCGCGUUACCUGCAACAUCUGCUGCGCCCGCAUGAAGAAGUGCGUCCGCUGCCAGACGGCCAUCACCGCCAAAAAGACGGCAGACGGGAACGUGCUGGCAUCGCGCGGUCGGGCGCCGAGCUCCGAACGCCUGCGUUACCUGGAGACGAAGAUCGCCGAAAUUGAGGAGGUCCACGGCUGUUCGAUCUGCAUGGAGAGGCGUCGCAACGUCGUGUUCCUGUGCGGUCACGGCGCGUGCGCGGUCUGUGCGCACGCGCUGCAGAAUUGCCACAUGUGCCGCAAAGCCAUCACGCAGAAGAUCAACAUCUACUGAGCGGCCAGCGCCGCGCCACCGGGUGCUCCGGUCGUCGCGCUGGGGCUGGCCGCGCACGCGACUGCCGCAUGCUCGCGCGGCGUUGAGUCACGGGGAUCUUGUGACUGA